GAAAAAUGGUAUAGUACAGAUCGUACUAAAAUUAAAAAUUACACUGUAACUGCUUAGUAUAGAAUUAAAAAACUACUUAAAUGUUUCAAUGACAGGUAAAUAAUUAUCUAAACUUCAGUUCCGAUGUGACAUUUUUAAAUUUCGAAAAGAUAAAAUUUUUGUAAAAUGAAGCCUACUAAAAUGCAUGAUUUAGUAAAGCCUCUCUGUUGGUUAUUGGGAAAAUGGCGAUCUCUUAAUAUUAAACUAAAUCGUAAGUUACAUCUGCCAUAUUACUGCCCUCAGUUUAACGAAGAUAAACCAGAUACGUAUUCUGAACUAUUAACAUUUUCUGAAUGUGGUAUACCUUCAGUAAAAUACGAAGCAACUACAUGGAACUCCAAAAAUCUUUUUCCUCACAAACUGGAAGUUGGUCAUUUUAUGGUUCAUCCGGAUAAAAAACAUAUUUCACUUUUAGCUGCACACAAUAAUGGAAUGGCUGCUGUUGAACAAGGAAGUAUAAAAACGAAUUGUCUAGAACUUUGUACGUUAAAUGUGGCGAAUGCAGAUAUUAUGCAUAAACCCAUGCUUGCGUAUUCUAGAUCAUAUUCCAUAAAUAACCAAGGGCAACUAGUAUAUAAACUGAAAAUGAGAACGAAAGAUGAAUGCGAGUUAAAAGAAUAUGUACGAGUAAUGUAUGAAAAAAUUUAGUCAGAAAACAGGUUUUUAAGUUGUGUUUAUAUUUGCAGUAAAAUUUAUUAUUGUAAAUAUGUUUUAUCAUUAUUAAUAUUUAUAAUAAAAGAUAAAUAGGUAC